AUGCUAGCUGGGCAAAAUAAUAGAGUUGUCAAAGCCAGAAAGGUACUCACACAGUUUGUAAACUCUCUGACUUCACAAAGUGAAAUUGGUGGCCCUAUGGCAUGCAUGUAUCUGCUAGAUUAUCCAGACCAUUAUACCAGCAACUUAUUCCAAAGAUUCUAUUGGAGAUCAUACGUGAAUGAGGUCAGGAAA